AUGGAAGUUCAAAAUAGCCAAAAUCCUAAUGACGAUUCGGGAGCAAAGCAAGAUGAAGAUAUCCUGAGAAAAGGAGCCUGGGGGAAGAGAUCCUUUCUCGACCCGCUUAAAGAAGUGAAGCAGCCAGGGAAGUUCUACGAUGGGGUAGGGAAGGAAAUGGAUUUGGAUGAAGAUCCUCUCUUUUCAGAGUCAGAUUUGACCAAGGAGGCCGAGAUUCGUGAGUCAAAAUUGCCAAGGGUGGACUCAGAGCAAGAUGAAAUCAAGAAAUUAUGGCAUCCUUGGAGGAGAAGCCUCGUGAUUAAAGUAUUGGGAAAGAAGGUGGUGUACAAAGCUCUGAAAAAUCGUUUAAGAGACUCCUGGGCGCUGCGAGCGGAUUUCGAACUAUUGGAUUUAGAAAACAGAUUUUUCCUCUCUAAAUGGAAGCCUGCGAGCGCAGACAUUAAAACUACAUCAGUAUGGGCUAGGUUGCCGGGUCUACCAGUAGAAUAUUACGAUGAGGGGUUCUUGAUGAGGAUUGGCAAUGCACUUGGUAAAGCUCUGAAGGUUGACUACCAGACCCUAUCUGCUACCAAAGGUAAAUAUGCACGCUUAUGUGUGGAGAUGGAUUUGAAGAAGCCUUUGGUGCCAUUCGUUUGGGUGGACAGAGAGCUGCAAGUAGUAGAAUAUGAGGGCCUGGAGGCGAUAUGUUUUGAGUACGGCUGGAAUGGGUCCGAAGUGCCAGCAGCAGCUGCAGGGGAUGAGAGACAGGUUAAAUACAGAAAACAGGAGAAAGCUGAGAGCAACCUCUUUGGGCCUUGGAUGGUGAUAAGCAAAAAGAGAUCAAGGGCGACAAGUAAGGCCAAGAUGGGAGUCACUCAGUAG